AUGUAUGUUAAACCAAAAACAGUCAUCGUGUUGUAUCUUUCGCAUACAGGUGAGCCACUCGUCGAAUGUGGAAAUCAGCAUAUCCGAUUUGUUGCUCAGACAGCAAAACCGUUUCGAGGCAAAGUGUUCGUGAAAGGCGAGUACUCAAACAGCGAAUGCGUUCGAACUUAUGGCGAUGGAGAAGAAGCUGACUCUUCCAGACAAGGAAGUACGCCUAAUUUUGCACAGAAAGAGAAGAGCUCAGUGGAUGCUGGCUCGCAGAACUUUUCCGACUCACUAAACGCCGCAGCAGAAGAAAGUGAAAAUGUUUCAACGACGUCUUCACCAUUAGCAGCAGCACAAUUUACUUCCACAACGAGGGAUCGAGGGUUUGGCAGCACCAAAAGUCCGCCAAUAAAUAAAAUCCAGAAAACGCCCGAUGCUUUGACGUUCGAGGGCGAGACGUCUGAAUUCGAAAAUGCUGUUGCUCUCACGAAUGAACAACGGCAUACGGCAACGUAUGAUAUUCGUGUAACAGAAAAAACAGGAAGAAAGACUGGUGAAGUGUUAGCUGGCCUGAGCUCCAACAAAGAAAAAUCUGCUUUGGCUAGCAACAGUGCUUCCAGUUCUAUUUACAGUAAUGAUUCAGUGGCCAAUCAUGGAUCUCAGUCUCAGGUGCUGAAAAGCGAAACAUCUUUUGAUGCCAUUAAUGCAAAAGCGGGAAGAAAUCUAAGCACAUUGGUACUUGGAAAAACAGAAAGUGCAAAAGUGGAAAAUACCAAAUUGAUCGGAGCAUUUGAAAACAGCAAUUUUGAGACCAGAGAACUGAAUGACGUUCGCGCCAGGACUAACCUAUCAAUUCUGAAACAAAAUAUGCAAAAUGAGCAGGGAGGUACCAUGCAUCAUCAGUCAAUAGCAAGUAGUGGAAAAUCGAGCACUCCAAAAUCCUUGGAUUCGAGCGCGCUGCAUAAAUUUGGCAGUUCCAUGUUCAUGCCAACAACUGGAAAUCCGCAAUGUCCGCCGUGCCCUGUAUGUCAAGAUUCACCAAAUAUCAGGAGGCAACGCGAAACUUCCGAGACUACUGCCGACCUGAAUGUGAAACUUGGCAGCUGCAAUGCGAAACAUGAACAUCGGGUAAGCUAA